AUGUUCCACGGGGAACGAGCUCCUCUUUCAACCAGUGGAGACGGUCUAGUCCCCGUUAACCGCACGAGGUCAUACGGCAGUCUUGUACAAUCCAACCUUUCUCCGGUACGACAAAGACGAAUUGAACACCUGGUUCAACCAGGAGAGACGCUGCAAGGACUCGCGUUGAAAUAUGGAGUAUCUAUGGAACAAAUCAAAAGAGCAAAUAGACUGUACACGAAUGACUCGAUAUUCAUAAAGAAGUCUCUUUCUAUCCCUGUGCUGUCAGACUACAACAGUGAUGCUAAUAGUGGGGUAGAUGUGGCUGAGGAGGACUCAGGCCAGGUACAGGACAGUACAAGUAAAGAAGGCUCUACUCAAAAUGGGAAGCCAGUGAACAACUCUGAAAAGACACAAGAAGGCAUAUCAGAACUUUCUCCAAUGAAUUUCUUAAAAAGGAUGGAUCGUAUGAUCAGCCAGUCCAAGCAAGCUGUGAAAAGAUGCCAAGAGGGAGAAAAACGAUUGACAUCUUUGGAAGCUUGUACCACCAGCAAGACAACAGACCGUCGAUUUACAAGGUCAAACAGUGCCACGGUCGUCACCUCUCCCAGAAUGCAUCAGCAAGCCAUACUUGGUGCAUUGCCCCUCACCAUCACCAAAUGCACCAAGAAACUGAGAGAAAGAGAGGAUGAGAUCUUUGAGUUGUGAUUUCAUUGCCUCUGUCAGGCAGAUCAUGGGACACAUGUACUAAUGCAUAAAUCAAAGGGAUUGGCCGCCAAGCUAAUCUGGCAAUACAGAUUUAGGAGAGUUCUUAUUUUCACUAACGAGUAACCUGCUGCUCUAUGGACUUGGUACUUGAAAGUUGAUCGUUAGCACUGUUGAUAUAAUUGUUUUGCUGGGAGGAUGAGUUUCAUUUUGACAAUACACUACUGGUCAAAAGUUUUAGAACACCUACUCAUUCAAUGGUUUUCUUUAUUUUUACUAUUUUCUCCAUUUGUAGUGAAGACAUCAAAAUUCUGAAAUAAAACAUAUGGAAUCAUGUA